GCGCGACGUAGCCGGAAGCUGGUGGCGGUGGGGUGGGUGGUCGGCGGUCGUCCUCGGUGCGGUUCGCGGCGCGGCCGACCCCGGCCAGGACCCCGGCCCUGACCCUGGCCUGACCCGGCCCGACCCGGCGCGCAGGAUCGAGCCCUCUGCCCGCACCAUGGCCAGCCCGAGAACUAGGAAAGUUCUUAAGGAAAUUAGGGUGCAAGAUGAAAACAACGUGUGUUUUGAGUGCGGCGCCUUCAACCCUCAGUGGGUGAGCGUGACCUACGGCAUCUGGAUCUGCCUGGAGUGCUCGGGGAAGCACCGCGGGCUCGGGGUGCACCUCAGCUUUGUCCGGUCCGUCACUAUGGACAAGUGGAAGGACGUGGAGCUGGAGAAGAUGAAGGCCGGCGGGAACGCUAAAUUCCGGGAGUUCCUGGAGUGUCAAGAGGUCUAUGACCCCUGCUGGUCCCUGCAGGAGAAGUACAACAGCAAGGCCGCCGCCCUCUUCAGGGACAAGGUGGCCACUCUGGCCGAAGGCAGAGAGUGGUCUCUGGAGUCAUCGCCCGCCCAGAACUGGACCCCGCCUCAGCCCAAGACGCUGCCGUCCUCUGCCCACCGAGCCUCUGGCCAGCUGCAGAACUCCACCGCCUCCGCGGACAAGGCUUUUGAAGACUGGCUGAACGAUGACCUUGGCUCCUAUCAAGGGGCCCAGGAGAACCGCUACGUGGGGUUUGGGAACACGGUACCGCCUCCGAAGAGGGAAGACGACUUCCUCAACAGUGCCAUGUCGUCCCUGUACUCGGGCUGGAGCAGUUUUGCCACUGGAGCAAGCAGGUUUGCCUCAGCAGCGAAGGAGGGUGCGACAAAGUUUGGAUCCCAGGCAAGUCAAAAGGCAUCAGAGUUGGGCCACAGUCUGAACGAGAGUGUCCUCAAACCUGCCCAGGAGAAGGUCCAGGGAGUCGGUAGCAGGGGCUGGAGGGACGUCACCACCUUUUUUUCUGGGAGAGCGGAGGACCCGUUGGACAGAGCCCCGGAGGGCCGGAGCUGUCAGAACAGCAGCGGGGACAGCUCCCACGGCACCACCGACCGGAACUUCUGGGAGGCCUUCGGGAGCAGUGACCCUGCUGGGGCCCACAGGUCCCCAAGCGGCAACAGCUGGACGUGUGCAGACCCCUCAGCCGACAAGAGGAGCUCGGAUGGCUGGGACGUGUGGGGCUCGGGCCCCGCGUCUGCGUCCAGCAACGGGGGUGGCGACAUUGGUGGUGGGGAGGCCUGGGGGGCUGGGGUGGAGGGCAGGGCCAGGGCCAGGGCUGUCAAGGAGGCGGCACCGCCGGCCGCCGUGGACGACGGCUGGGACAACCAGGACUGGUAGGGCGCAGCGGCCGCGCCGCCGCCUUGCUCCUUUCCACCCAGGAAGUGCCGGCCGCAUGGGAGGACAGCCUCGGCCGGGACCCCAGGGGCGUGUGCCUCCCUGUUCCGGCUCUCCUGGGGCCCUGGGCCGGGCGCUGUCGCAGGAAGUGCUCCCUGCUGCUGCGGGGGCCACCCACACCCAGCCACCACCCCCAGUGCGCUCGGUAAUAAACGCCCUCCCCAGCGGCGCACGCGGCUGCCCA